CACAGGAGAAACAACCACAACACACCAAGCAUCUUACUCAAAACCAUGGACUUAUUUUGUUAUCCGACACAAUACACUUUUUUUAAUCUAAGGAGGCAAAUAAUUAACUUUUUAUCGGCUAGGGGGCAAAAUUUGAAGCUUUAAACAAAAUGAGGACAUAUAAACUUUGACCAAGUUGAACUGCGAGUCCAGCAAGCAGCAGCGUGUCGCACAAAGACGCAUCAGCCGAGAUGAAGCACUGUGAGCCAGACGCGUUUCCAUUCGUCUCCCCCACGGACUUAUGAAUCGCUCGUGGUUCGACCCUUCUCUUGGCUUUUGUAUUUCGGUGUUUCUUGGACCGUUUACACUCUAAUCGUACGCGAUUAUGUCUGAUCCAAGUUACUGGAGCGCUGUGCCUGGCAGUAGCAAAGCUCAUUUUGUGACUGGUGCGAUGCUCAAGCGAUCAAAAAGCUGUCGCAGCAGUAAUAGAAAGAGCCUUGGUGUUGGAACGCCGUCACCAACCCGCCCUCUCUCACCUCUCUCUGCCCACACAGCAGCAAGCAGCCCGUUGGACAGCCCACGAAAUGUGUCCACGGCCAUUUGUUCCCUCAACUUCCCCUUCGCCCGGAGCCACCUGGCUCGAGCUGACAGAGCAGAAGGUAGAAGGUGGUCGUUGGCUUCACUUCCAUCCUCUGGUUAUGGGACCAAUCCUCCUAGCUCAACUGUCUCAUCAUCUUCAUCGUCUCAAGAACGACUCCACCAGCUUCCAUACCAGCCUACACAGGACGAGCUUCAUUUCCUUUUCCGACACUUCCGAAGUUCUGAAAGCAUGACUGAUGAAGAUGGGCGGCCCUCCACAUUAUUGCGACCUCGGUCACGUAGCCUCAGUCCUGGACGAACAGGUGCCUCAUUCGAUAAUGAAAUUAUAAUGAUGAACCAUGUCUACAAGGAGCGCUUUCCAAAGGCCACUGCUCAAAUGGAGGAGCGUUUGUUUGACAUCAUCAGGCACUGUUCCCCAGACAGCAUGCUACCACUGGGCGAUGGAGUUUUGGGAUUUAUUCAGCACCAGCUUGCAGAGCUGGCCAGAGACUGUCUGGAUAAAUCCCAAAACGGUCUCAUUACGUCUCUGUACUUCAUAGAGCUGCAGGAUAAACUGGAAAAGUUGCUGCACGAGGCUUUGGAGCGCUCGGAGAGCGAAGAGGUUUCAGUUAUCACUCAACUUGUGAAAAAGAUCCUGAUUAUCAUCUCACGCCCUGCACGACUGUUGGAGUGUCUAGAGUUUGACCCUGAGGAGUUCUACCAUCUACUAGAGGCAGCAGAAGGUCAUGCGAAGGUUGGCCAGGGCAUCAAAACUGAUAUUCCCAGAUAUAUCAUCAGUCAGCUGGGGCUUAACCGAGAUCCCCUUGAUGAAGUUGUUCAGUUAGAAGAGCAGUAUGAUUCAGGUCCAACGCUGACGAUUGAUUCUGAAGAAUCUGCAGAGCAAACUAAAUCAAUACCGACACCAGCACGCAGAAAACCUCUGGAGAGUGAUUUUGAGACCAUUAAACUCAUCAGUAAUGGGGCUUAUGGGGCCGUGUAUCUGGUAAGGCAUAAAGAAACUCGCCAGCGAUUCGCCAUGAAAAAGAUCAACAGACAAAACCUGAUUCUGCGAAACCAGAUACAGCAGGCGUUUGUGGAGCGAGACAUCCUGACGUUUGCAGAAAACCCCUUUGUAGUUAGCAUGUUUUGCUCGUUCGAGACACGCAGACACCUGUGCAUGGUCAUCGAGUAUGUAGAAGGUGGAGACUGUGCCACGCUGCUGAAGAAUAUGGGACCACUUCCUGUGGACAUGACCAGGAUGUACUUCGCAGAGACGGUACUGGCACUCGAGUACCUACACAGUUACGGCAUCGUGCACAGAGAUCUCAAACCUGACAAUCUCUUAAUUACUUCCAUGGGGCAUAUUAAACUCACUGACUUUGGCCUCUCCAAAAUCGGCCUCAUGAAUAUGACCACCAAUCUGUAUGAAGGCCACAUAGAGAAGGACACCAGGGAGUUCAUUGACAAGCAGGUUUGUGGCACUCCGGAGUACAUCGCACCAGAAGUGAUUCUGCGACAGGGCUAUGGUAAACCUGUGGAUUGGUGGGCCAUGGGUAUCAUCCUGUACGAGUUCCUGGUGGGAUGCGUUCCUUUCUUCGGAGACACACCCGAAGAGCUGUUUGGACAGGUGGUGAGCGAUGAGAUUAUCUGGCCAGAUGGAGAUGAAGCCCUUCCUGUAGAUGCCCAAGACAUGAUCACACGAUUACUGAAGCAAAGCCCGCUGGAGAGACUUGGGACAGGUGGAGCUCCAGAGGUGAAGCAGCACAUGUUUUUCAAUGGACUGGACUGGAACGGACUCCUGCGUCAGAAGGCCGAAUUCAUCCCUCAGCUGGAGGCAGAUGAUGACACCAGUUAUUUUGACACUCGAUCUGAACGCUAUCACCAUUUGGCUUCAGAUGAGGAUGAAGAAACUAACGAUGAAGAGUCUUCCCUUGAAAUACGCAGAUUUUCAUCUUGGUCAAAUCGGUUUAGCAAGGUGUAUAGCAGCACAGAGCAUCUGGCCACCCCAUCCAACCUGAGUUUCUCCUCUGACCGCAGUCACAGUGAGGAGAUAGAGGACCGAGCGGAAGGGAGAGACGCUAACCUCCCUGGAGAGAUUCAAUGGCAGGCCUCCUCCUCAGACAAGAGACUCUCUGCUCAGAGAGCUGGCCUGCGCCCUCGAGCUUCCUCCAGCUCCUCUCAGCCCGAGCGUGCUGUCAGCCCUCUAGUGGCGAGCAGCACACACAGUCUGGAGGCUAUGCCCCGAUUCGCCCUGUCCACAGAUGAUGAGGCUGAGGUUGUGGUAUCCAACCUGCGACGAAUCAGACUACGUAGCAACAGCACAGGAACGAAACACUCGUCGCCAAGGGAACAAGGAAGCCCUCCGUGCUUUGGGAACCAGCUGGAGACGCCCGAUAGGCAGCGUCUCUCACCAGGACGCAAAGUCCCCAAGUCUGCGUCAGUGUCCACCCUCUCUCUCAUCAUCACGCCAGAUGAUGGGAGUGGCAGCCUGCACGCACGCUCCAUCUCGCCCCGAUCAUUUUCCUCUAACCCAUCAUCUCGAGACUCCUCCCCCAACCGUGACCUGUCGCUCAGCAUCAGCAGGCUCCGCCCCCCAAUCAUCAUCCACAGCUCUGGAAAGAAAUUCGGCUUCACCCUGCAGACCAUUCGUGUUUACAUGGGCGCCAGUGAUAUUUACACAAUACACCACAUGGUGUCGGGUGUGGAGGAGAGCAGUCCGGCUCAUGAAGCCGGCCUGCGAGCGGGAGAUCUGAUCACCCAUGUGAAUGGAGAAUCUGUACAGGGUCUGGUGCACACAGAUAUGAUGGAGCUCCUGUUGAAGAGUGGGAACCAGGUGUCCCUUCAGACUAUCGCCCUUGAGGACACGUCUAUAAAGAUCGGGCCGGCACGCAAGAGCAGCUGUAAAGGAAAGAUGGCCCGACGCUGUAAGAGAAGCAGAUGGAAGGACAGUCAAGAUCGGAGGCGCAGCGUGUUGAAAAAGCUGUCUAAACAGAGCACAGUCAUGCAUAGCAGUCGCAGUUUCUCCUCUGGUCUGCAUCACUCUGUGUCGUCCAGCGAGAGUCUGCCGGGAUCUCCCACCCACAGUCUUUCCUCUGGACCCACCACACCUUGCCGAAGCCCUGUUCCAGAUCACGCAGUCGAUGCCGGCCUGUCCCAAAACGCACCUCAGUGUUCCAGCUCUCCAAGUUCAACGGCGGUCCAGAUGCGACCCAGCUCACUGCACGGCCUCGGGUCAAAACUUGCCAACCAGCGCUACAAUAAAGUAGUGAGACGGAAGUCCACCAGCAGCAUCCCGCCCUCUCCCCUGGCCUGUACGUCCUCGCAGCAGGCCCUAUCCCCCCAGCGCUCCCCCUCCCCCCUUCCCAGCAUCUCCAAAACCCUUCACCACUCCUUCCAUGGCAAGACCCUCUCGCCCCCCACAAUCAUCCGGCAUGUGGUCAGACCCCGAAGUGCAGAACCUCCACGUUCCCCUCUGCUGAAGAGAGUCCAAUCUGCCGAAAAGCUAUCGGGGGCCUUAUACGCUGAUAAAAAGCCGCACGCACCUCGCAGGCACACGCUGGAGGUCCCUCACAGCGAGAUGGACGUUCCCGGGGAAGCUGAAACGGAGACAGCGUACACGUUGGAUCACGGCAGGCUCGGUGGGUACUUGUGCGGGCAGCGAUUGAGAGACUGGUCCGGCGAGCGCAUGGAGCAGAUUGUGGUAAUGCGUAAACUGAAUCUAUCCGAGCGCCGGGAUUCCUUCAAGAAACAGGAAGCUGUACAGGAAGUGAGCUUUGAUGAGCCGGAUGACAGGGCGCCGCAGAGUUCAGCGCAGAACGAUGCACGGCCCAAUCAGCAGACUGAGUGGAUGAUGGGCAGUAUGCAGUCAGAGGAGGAGUGCGAGGUAAGGAGGAACCCGUUGGUUCCCCAAAUUGCCGUGCAGGGAUCUGAAAGUGAAGAGGCGGAUGAAUGGCAGCUUUGUUCAGAUGAGGAGGAUGAGGAAGAGGCGGAUGAAAAAGGAAACAUCUCACAGACUCUGAGUCAGGAUGACCCUCGGGCUCACAGCAUGGACAGGGACGCCCAACUCUCCUCGGCACCCUUGCAUGAGCCCACUGAGACGAAUACAGAUGCAUCCAAGCCAGAAAAACUAAAAGGGCAAAUUGAAAGAGAGAUAAACAAGUGAAAGUCUGUUAUCGCAGAGCUUCAUCUGCUCUUGCGUCUCGGUGCACCUGCUGAGACCAUUUGUUUGAUUUGUUACCACGCAGAAUUCGAACGGUUACAGAGAGAGGAUGCUUUAUUUUGUUACAUGUAAAGUGAAGUAAGCUAGUCUUAAGCAGGGAAUAUUUGUUUUUUACUUUUUAUUUAUUGAAGAGAUGUACUCUCAGCCAAAAAAAAGAAAACGCUGUGGUUGCUGCUGAGGAGGGACAUUGAAUUACUUAAUUUUUUAUGAAAAGGCUUAAAUCCGUUUAAUCUUUCAAGAGCUCAAGCUCUUCAUUUUUGCACAGACGCUGCGUCUAUCUUAAAAGCUGCAAGUGUAAAUGGUAUUCGAAUUAAAUUGAGAUACUGUGGAUUAGGGCUGCAAAAUGAUUAAUCGCGACUAAUCGUUUGCAGAAUAAAAGUUUAUGUUUACAUCAUAUGUGUUUACUGUAUAUAAUAAUAUUAUUUAUUUAUAUUUAUAUUAAUAUUUUUAUAUACAGUAAACACAUGCAAGUAUAUAUUUAAGAUAUGUGUAGAUGCGUAUAUGCAUUCGUAUAUUUGUAUAUAAUAUAUAUUAUAUAUAAAUACCUAAUGUAUAUAAAUAUUUUUUUAUUAUGCAUGUGUGUGUGUGUUUAUAUAUACAGUACAUAAGUACACACACACACACACACACACAUGUAAACAUAAACUUUUAUUCUGCAAACGAUUAGUCGCAAUUAAUAAUUUUGCAGCCCUACUGUGGAAUAUUAUUACAUGCUAGGAGUUAAGAGAGCAUUUAAAAAAAGUAUAGAUAAUUAAAAUAGUGUGUCUACUAUUUGGGCUUAAAUGAUACUCCAGAAAAAUAUGAAAAUGACCCCAUGAUGUACUCAUGCAUCUCAGAUUGCUUGACAGUAUGUCCAUCAUCUUUCAGACGAACACAUUAUUUUAGUAUAUGUCCAUGCUUUUCCAAGUUUUAUAAUGUUCGAAAACAGGGAUCAGGAAACAAAUUUCUGACUUUAAACACCAAAAAAGUGCAUUCAUCCUUCACAGAGGUAAUCCACAUGUCUCCAGUUGGUUAAUAAAGGUCUUCUGCUAUUAAUCGAUGUGAUUGGUUAAGAAAAAUGUCCAUAUUUUAAACUUUAUAAACUGUAGUGCCGCUGUUACCAGAAGCUAGUUAUUAUAGUUGAUAAAGUUUAAAAUAUGGAUAUUUUACGUGCAUCACAGACCUUUAUUAACUGUUUGGAGCCAUGUGGAUUAGUUCUUUGAAGGAUGAAUGCACUUUUUUGGGCUUUAAUGUCAGAAGUUGUUUCCUGAUCCCUGUUUUCUCCCAUUAUAAGCUUGAAAAAGAAAGUUUAGAGUUUACUAAAAUAAUGGGUUUGUCUGAAAGAUGAUAUGUAUCUCGGAUGGCUUGAGGGUGAGUAAAUCAUGUAAUUUUGAUAUUUGGCUGGAGUACCGUUUUAUUGUGGGAACUCUGAGAAUCAUAAAUUGACCCAAAAGUGUCCAAAAAAGUAGUUUUACACCAGGUAUAUUUUACUUUUUUAAUAUGAAUUUGUUUUAAAAGUAAAAUACUCUUCUUAAAGGGAUAGUUCACCCAAAAAUGAAAUUUCUUUGUUCUGCUGAACACAAAGGAAGAUAUUUGUAAUAAAACAGGAAACACUAUUGACUAGUUAAAAAUAUCUCUCAAAAUAUCUUCCAAAGAAAUUUAAAUAACAAAUUUUCUUUUUUGGGGGGUGAACGAUCCCUUUAAUGCAUCCUUUUAGUUGAAGUGCAAAUGUUUUGUUGAUUUUAAAUUUAGCAGUUGCAUUUCACUUUUUAAAUUUGUGAAUUGGUAAAAAUUUACUUUUGCGACAAAAAGAUUCAAAUUACCUUUGUAACUUUUCACUACUUUUCAUCACACCAAAGUUCCCAAAGUUGCAUUUCCCCCCUCAAAAUCAUUACUUAAAAUUUUCACAUCACUUUGUGUGACUUUCCAUUCUGUUUAUUUUCAUAUCUUUUAAAAAGAAAAAAUGCUCACGGGUGCUAAGAUGAACAGUUUCACAGACACCACAGAAUUCUGAUGUCAUACCUGAAGCUGCGGUCAUUAUCAUCACACACACGACAGCUGAAACUCACUGCAUCAUAGUCUUCAAUGGAGUUCUCACAAGCUUUUGUAUACCUGAAUUAAUGAUGUUUACAUUUUUUAUACAUAUGAAUUUCUACUGUGCGAAUGGAUCUGUAUGACCACUGUUCUUAUGUUUUUGACAAAUCUGUGCAGAACUGGAGGUGAUGGGUAGAUGCUUUAGAUGUAUUGUUAUGUUCAAGUUAAGAGUGAUGGCUUUCUGUUAGACCGAUCAGAAUAGAUGUUUUAUAUGAAUUAUAUGCAUGAUCUGCUUCCAAAACACAAAUAGUUAUACAUUUUCUGGGUGUAAGAUUUGUUUUUUGUUUCUUUAGGAUGUUUGUUUGGGCCUAAAACAGGACAGUGUUUUUAUUGCACAUAUAAGCUGCAUGAGAAGAUGCAUUGGAUGUUAUUUUGUCAGGACUUGAUGCUGUUUAUUUAUUUUAAAUCUGUGGCACAUGUUCAACAAUACAUUUCUUGUCUGUUUUUAAGGUUUUUUGUUUACUGCAAACCAUUUCGGAUCCGUCAUUGUGCAACUUUAUGCAUCAGGCUGCUGUAUUCGCAAGCUAAUUUGUAGAUUUUUAAUAGGAUGUAUUUUUUUAUAUUUGAAUGUCAGACAAUCGUUUGCAUGCUGCAUGUUAAGUGAAUACACGGUAAGCGUUGGCAUGGCAACGUGAGUGCAAUAUGUGUUCAGUGGUUAAGUAUAACCAACUCUUUGAAUUACAGUAAUGUGAUUAAAAGCUUAAUGUCAUGCAGACCCUGUUGUGACAUCUUAUCCCUCUGGAAUCACAGACUUCUGUGGAUGAAGUGUUUGCUGUCUACAAUGCUGUUAAAAACCACUCUAAACCUGUUUAGACAUAACUGUCUGACACACCCACUGUUGUUACAUUCACAGCAGUGAGAUAUUCGUCAUCUUUAUAUUCUCUUGUGCUUUCUUCCAUUUUUCAGAAGUGUCAAGAAUUAUUCAUUCUUGGUCUGUGUUUGUAAAAAAAAGUUUUUAUAAAUAUUUUUUAAUAUUGUUAUAACUGUUUGUCUUACGUUUUGUAAUAAACCAUUCACUGAUUUAAGAGGGAA